AUGGAGAAGAGCAGCUACGCCAUGGCCAAGUUCGGCUUGGAGGCCAAGGAGGCGAUGCCCAAGCGGGACUGCGGCUUCUACAUGAAGUACGUCUUCCUCUUCACGUCCCUCAUCCAGUUCCUCAUCAUCCUGGGGCUGGUGCUCUUCAUGGUGUACGGCAACGCGCACGCGGGCACCGACACGCACCUCCGGCUGCUGGAGGAGCAGAUGCAGGACCGCUACAACAAGAUCAUCACCCUCAGCGGGAGGAACGCCAACCUGACCCGCACCCUCAACAACACCCUGAAGGAGAAGCAGGGGCUGCAGGGCACGCUGCAGAAGGUGCAGCGCGAGCUGGACAAGUGCAACAGCAGCCAGCUCCCCAACGCCACCCCCAAGCUGCAGGAAAUGAUGAGGAUUAUGAUCUACCAGAAGAUGAUGCUGGAGGAUUACCACAUGACCAUCAACCUCAUCAAUGCCAACUGCAGCGCCGAAAAGGCGCAGCUGCGGAGCCAGCUGGACAAGACGGCCCUGGCGAGGAAGGAGCUGGAGGACAACUGCGCCAAGGCGAGCACGGCGCUGGCCAAGGCCAGCCAGGAGCGCGAGGGCUGCCAGCAGGAGCUGCUCAGCACCCAGACCCUGUGCGACUCCACCAAGUCCCACCUGGAGCUGCUGAAGCGCGAGUGCAGCAUUCUGCGCCCGGACAUCAGCAUCUCCCUCCAGCGCAUCAGGGAGACGAUAAGCCCCUACGGCUGCAGCUCCGCGCACGAGGAGCUCAGGAGGCUGACGCAGCGCACCGAGGGGCUCUUCCUCCAGCAGCAGGAGCGCGACACCAUGUACAGGGAGAAGAGCGCCUGCGACGUGAACCUGCUGCAGUGCCGCUUCAACUGCUCCCGGGAGAAGCAGGAGCUGGAGAAGCGGCUGCAGGAGGCCGACAAGCAGCUGAAGGGCAGCCAGGAGGAGAAGAAGAAGCUGCUGGCGGAGAAGGAGCAGCUCAGCAAGGAGGUGGGGGAGAAGAGCAAAGCCGCCGUGCAAGCCAACUACUUGAAGCAGCGGCUCAGCAUCUGCGAGGGCUCCAAGCUGGACACCUUCGACAUCACGGGCUCGUGGGUGCCGGGGACCCUGGGGGGCAGCGUGCGGCCGGGGCCCUUCGCCAGCCCCAGCUCCUACGCAGAUCCUCUGAGGAACCUGGGCAAAAACAGCAUGGAGGAGAUGCAGCGGUUGGUGCAGAAGAUGAUGGAGCAGUACAUGGCCACGCUGAAGAACCCCAGCGGCUAG